CCAAAAUCAACAGCUACUUGGCUCCCUCCAACCGGGUAUUGAUUAUUGAAUAGCUGCUGGAUUAUCUUCCGGCGUCAUGUCGUCCUCUAUUCCGCAGCCUCCUGGCCUUCCCUUUCUAGGGAAUGUUCUCGACAUCAACCCAAAUGACACCUGGGGUUCAUUGAAAAAGCUUGCCGAUAAAUAUGGGCCGAUUUUUAAGAUCAAUGCCCUUGGCAAACAAAUCGUUAUAGUUGGAAGUGCCGCUCUUGCCGAAGAAGUAUGCGAUGAGAAACGCUUUCGGAAAAAUACGCACGCUCCCUUCAUAUUUGAAUUGCGCAAAACUGUCCACGACGCCCUCAUCAGUGCCCAUGACGACGAGCCCAACUGGGGGAUAUCUCAUCGGAUCAUGGCACCUUUUGUCAGCCCAUCAUAUGACGAAGCAAGGGUUACGGACAUACAAGACGUGAUAUCAGAUCUCACUAAAAAGUGGACAUCGAACCCAGCUCAGCGUAUCAAUCUUACAGUAGAUCUGCAACUUUGGGACAUGCAGGCAGUCAUAUAUGCCCUCUUUGGUCAACGGUAUAACCUUAUGGAUCCCCAAGGACCACCUGUUGUUGAGGUGAUGAUUCAAAUCAGUUGGGAAAUUCUUAAGCGUUCCUCAAGGCCAAGACUGGUCAACUGGCUUUACUACGAUCGUGUAUACGCCGAAUAUAUUCGUGAGUUUCGCAAGAUUGGAGCUGACCUGAUUGCUGCGAAGAAAGCGGAACAGACUCCCAAACAAGAUCUGCUCUAUGGUCUUCUCUUCAACAAAGAUCCUCAAACGGGUGAAUCGCUUGAUGAGGAGAAAAUUAUCGAUGCGAUGCUCACCUUAAUGCUCGGCGCAGUUACAAACACUGGUCUCAUGUCGUCUGCGUUAUACUAUUUGCUCACGAAUCCGGAAAAAAUGUCCAAAGCCCGCGAAGAGAUCGACCGUGUUGUAGGGCCCAAGCCCAGAAUAGCCGUUGACGAUCUGUCUCGGUUGCCAUAUCUCGAAGCCAUCUUAAACGAGACCGUACGCCUAUCUGCACCCGCCCCAGGGUUUGUCGUCGAACCUAUACCAUCAGACAGUCCGGCAAAUAUUCAACUUGCAGAUGGAAAAUACGAGAUACCUAGUAAGCAGUCAGUCAUGUUAAUCCUGCAGGCUAUAAACCGCGACCCAGAAGUUUUCACGGACCCGGAGGCCUUCCAACCAGAGCGGAUGCUCGGCGAAGGGUACGAAAAAUUACCACCUGGAGCCAGGAAGGGAUGGGGAAAUGGUAAACGCCGUUGCUUCGCUCCGAGAUUUGCCUGGCAUUUAUCAAUGAUUACCCUGAUUCAUGUACUGAGGAGUGUCCACCUCCAAAUGGCAGAUGAGAAUUACGAACUGAGAUACGCUGGCAAAGACCUUUGUUCAAGUUUUCAGGCUCCAGUAGACUUAUUUGUUACGGUUGGACCUCGGAAGAGUUCAGAGGAUGAUAAAUGAUAAUAAUUAUCACUUGAGAGGCGCACAAUCUGCUGGCUGUUCGGGUAUCGAUAUAAUUUGG